CGCACCGCCUGAGGCCUGACAGGUCCUCUGCGCCGCCCCCGCUCCCCGCGCGGGUAUAAGGCGCCGCCUGCCCGCUGCUGCGGCUCCAGCCCCGACGCCUGCACCGUCCCCAUGGCCCGGCCCGUGACGCUGGCGGCCGCCACCCUGGCGUGGUGCCUGCUGCUGGCGCCCCCCGGCCUCGCCUGGUACAAGCAGGUGGCGGGGCCCGGCUCCUACUCGGUGGGCCGCGCCGCGGGGCUGCUGUCCGGCCUCCGGGGCUCCCCUUACGCGCGGCGCUCCGAGCCGCCGGUGGGCGCGGGACCCAAGGGCCGGGCCGGGGCCUUCCCAGAGCUGCGCUCCAGCCGGCGGAGCCCCGCCAUUUGCAUCAAGGACGUCACCCCAAACCUACGGAGCUGCGAACGAGUCCCCGACGGCGGCGCCACCUUCCAGUGCCGGGCGGACGUCUCCCUGUCGCUCCGCGCCGCUGACUGUCGCCGCGCCUGAGCCCGCCCGACCCCGCCCGUCCUCGGCCCAGCGCGGGUGCCCUCAGAACCCCCGAGAUGGCGCCCCGUACCGCCCAGCCCCGCUCCGCAGUAGACGGUUAACUGAAUAAAUGACAAGC